AUGAGAGAAGUAAUUUCCGUUCACGUUGGUCAGGCUGGUGUGCAAAUCGGUAAUGCAUGCUGGGAGCUCUAUUGUUUGGAACAUGGCAUUGGACCUGAUGGUUAUCCUUUGGAUAAGACAAAUCAAACACCCCACGGUACAAGCUACCGCGACGAUGGCUUCGCUACGUUUUUUUCAGAAACAGGACAAGGCAAGUAUGUUCCUAGAAGCAUUUAUGUAGAUUUGGAACCCAAUGUUAUCGAUCAAGUGCGCACUGGUCCCUACCGCGAUCUCUUUCACCCAGAACAAAUGGUUUCUGGUAAGGAGGAUGCCUCAAACAACUAUGCUCGUGGUCACUACACGGUUGGAAAAGAAAUGAUUGAAGAUACCCUCGAGAGAAUUCGUCGUAUGGCCGAUAAUUGUUCUGGCUUGCAAGGUUUCCUUGUCUUCCACUCAUUUGGCGGUGGUACUGGUUCUGGUCUUGGUGCUUUACUUUUAGAACGUCUCAACAUGGAAUUCAGUAAAAAGUCCAAUCUUCAAUUUUCCGUCUAUCCUGCACCUCAAGUCAGUACUUCUGUAGUGGAGCCCUAUAACUCUGUUCUUACGACUCACGCUACUUUGGAUAAUUCGGAUUGUACCUUUAUGGUCGACAAUGAAGCCUGCUAUGACAUUUGCCGUCGUAACCUCGAUAUUGAACGUCCUACCUAUGAAAACUUGAACCGCCUAAUCGCUCAAGUGGUUUCGUCCAUCACUGCUUCCUUGCGUUUCGCAGGAAGUCUAAACGUAGAUCUUAACGAAUUUCAAACCAACCUUGUUCCUUACCCAAGAAUUCACUUUCCUCUUGUUACUUAUUCCCCCAUUAUUAGUAAAUCGAAAGCUUUCCAUGAAGCCAACAGUGUUUCAGAGAUUACCAAUCAGUGCUUUGAGCCUUAUAAUCAAAUGGUUAAAUGUGACCCUCGUUCUGGUAGAUACAUGGCUACUUGCUUGCUUUACCGUGGCGAUGUCAUUCCUCGUGAUGUUCAGUCCGCCGUUACCACUAUUAAGGCCAAGCGUACCAUUCAAUUUGUCGAUUGGUGCCCUACUGGUUUCAAGAUUGGUAUUUGCAGCCAACCUCCUCAACAUAUACCCGAUAGUGGUAUUGCUAAAGUGGAUCGUGCAGUUUGUAUGCUUUCGAACACUACUUCCAUUGCUGAAGCAUGGUCUCGUUUGGAUCACAAAUUCGAUCUUAUGUAUAGCAAGCGUGCUUUCGUUCACUGGUAUGUCGGUGAAGGUAUGGAAGAAGGCGAGUUUUCUGAAGCAAGAGAAGAUUUGGCUGCCUUGGAAAGAGAUUAUCAAGAAGUUGGUCAGGAUUCUGCUGAUAAUGAAAUGUACGAAGCUGAAGACGAAUAUUAA